GCAUCCGCGACGAGAGACACCGUGUGAGUAGAUACCCGGCGGGUCAGUUUGCUUUCUCGCCUCAAGGGCGCGCUGGGUCUCUGCCCCGAGGCAACCGCCUCCCACUGGCUGCCCACGCCUUGGAACGGUUCCGCGCCUCCCACCACCACCGGCUGCGAGAGAGAGACUGAGCAGAGCUGCGCGGCUCCCCGCCGCGGUGGGGGCGGCAUCCGAGCUGCUGGGACACUCGCUGGCCGCCCCCUGGCUUGUACUUUGCCCUCUCCUCUUCCACGCCUCUAGAAGGGGGCGGAAUCUCCGGGGGGUCCUCCCAAGGCAACCCCGGGCAGUCUGCCCUCCGGCAGGGCUGCUCCCCACCCCCAUUCUCAGGGCUGGGAAUAUUCCUCCGUACGUUUCUUGGGGGGAAAAAGCUACGUUUGUGCGCUUGUCCGUUUGCGUUCCUUGUCAGGCUGCCUGCCCCUCCCCGCCCCUCCCCUCCCCUCCCCACAACUCACAGGCCUGGAUUCCAGAGGGAUAUUGCCACUCUCCUCCUGGACUUGUCAAGCUGGAACCGAGAUUUAUUACCUUCUCCAUCCCGGUGCUCAACGGCUGGAUUUCGCCCUGUCCUCCAACCCACACGAAGGGCUAGAAUUCUGGAUCCUUCCUCACUGCGCUCCAGGAAACAGUCAAGCUCCUCUCCACCUGGGAACCCAGGCUCUGGAGGCUGGAUUUGCCAAAGGGCUGAGUAACCUGACCCCGCAGUGGCAAGUUGACUUGAAAAGAUCAUGCCAACAGAGUGUGCCGGACUUCUGAAAGUUGUGCCACAGCAGAGUUUGGGAGAGCCCAAAGAUGGAAAUGUCCAGGUGACUGUGCGGAGCUCAAGAGGGUUGGAUGGUGGUAAUGUGACCACUCAGAGAAGCCCCAUAAAGAAGACCUGGGUGGCUUUGGAUAUCUUCUGCUUCCUUGUAGCUUCCAUCCCGUUCCUUGUCUGUGAGAUUAAUAUCAUCCCCCCCGUACGCCGCGGCUUCUUCUGCAACGACAGCAGCAUCAGCUACCCGCUGCAGCACGUUGAGACCAUUAGCGACCUGGUGCUCAUCACGGUGGGGGUCCUCAUUGCUGCUCUCAUGAUCAUCCUUGGCGAAAGCUUCCGUGUGCACAACCUGCCCCAAGGUUCACGGUCCACAGUCCCCAACCCUUAUGUGGUUGCCCUGUACAAGGAAGUGGGAGCCUUCCUUUUUGGCUGCACUGUGGGCCAGUCGCUCACCAACGUGGCCAAGACUGCUGUGGGUCGCCUCCGCCCAUACUUCCUGGCAGCGUGUCAGCCGAACCUCACUCAUUUCAACUGCAAAGAUGGAUACCUGGAGGACUAUGUCUGCACUGGUGGCGCCUCUUUGGAAAGAGAGGCUAGAAAGUCCUUCUACUCUGGCCAUGCCUCCUUUGCCAUGUAUACCAUGAUGUAUCUGGUGUUCUACCUGCAGGCCCGGUUCACCUGGCAGGGUGCUCGAACACUACGUCCGCUGGUCCAGUUUGUGCUGCUGAUGCUGGCGAUAUACACGGGGCUGACCCGCAUCUCUGACUAUCGGCACCAUCCCUCUGAUGUGGUUGUAGGGCUGCUACAAGGGGCCGUCGUGGCUUACUGGGUGGCCUUCCAUGUUUCCAGUAUGUUCCAGGACAAGUACCAGCUUCCCCACUUACCUCCAUCCAGCAAGAUCACACCCAGGUCAGACGACCACACGAACUGCUAGAGGAUGUUGGGGACUGCCGGGGGAGAGUUGGGGUCCUCUGUUUUGUCAGCUGCAGCAACCUGGACCCCUAGUGCUCAGGGCCCAGCAUGCAUCGCCAUGCUGACUGCAUCAUCUCCAGAUAGAAAACUACAACCUGCUAGGGGUCACUGGAGUGAUUUUGCCUGCUCUCGUGCUGCAGCAUUGCUAGAAGCACCAAGAGAGUGAUGUCCCAGUAGGGCAACAAAGAUUCCUCACUGUGUGAACAGGGCAGUCUGGUUCCCCCCUGGAACUGAACACAUGAGAACACUCUUCGGUUCCUCGUAUGCUUCCUUUCCAUCGGAAGACAUGACAAGUGUGGGCUUUCUUUAGACUGUGCUCCCAGAGGAAGCUCCUGAGGGAAUCCCAUCUUUUUAUUCCUGCUAGUCUACGGGAAGACCUGCCCUUCCUCUUCAGUGAUAUUGGAUGAUUUGGCCAUUGAAGUAUUAUGUACCUGGACUGUGCUGCUAGGAAGAGGACUGCUAGCACAGACAAUUCCAGCAAAGCAGCCCUGCUGCUUGAGAAGAAGUUGCAUGCUUAGCAGAAACAGAUACAUGAAGGAAUGAACUGAAGGUGGAGAUGAGAGGAGGAGAGUGUCUACGAAAGCAUGGAGUGUGGGCUGUGGAUUCAUGUACUGCACUGGUGUUGCCAAAUGCUGCCAAGUAUCUCAAACCCUCUCCUUCCUUGCCUUUUCUGUCCCACACCCCAUAAUGUGAAUUGUUCACACACAUGCACACACACAUGCACAUACACACACGCACACCCAUGGAAUAAAUGGUACUGAGAAUCAUCUGGUUUCAAAACCAGGUUGGGAAUCCAAAACAGGCUGCACCCGGGCUCAGAACAUUUCUCUGUACUGUUGACAGGGUUGUUUCAUUUUUGGUGACUUCACAGGCAUGGGAGUUUGGUAUCUGACACAGAAUGGGUUCUUGACAAGAGUCGUUUGCAUUUAAAGCAAAAGUGGGCUUCCAGUCCUUAUGGACAUGUCCUUUCCCUCCAUCCAUUCACACCUCCCUUUGAAGUCCCUCUGCCAGCUGCUAGAGGAGGCAGCAGAAUGGAUGCAGUGAACAGAUUUAUGCAUGCUGAUUUCAAUUAUCCAAAAGUUUGUUCUUGUGUAGUGAAUUAUACAGUGGUAGUGGCAGGCUCAGGGGAAGCCUGGGGGGGAAUGCAAAAGGAGGAGAAUUCCUAAAUCAGCCAAGGAAGGCUGGUCAAGGGACGCUGUCUGCAUGGGGAGGGGAGGGGAUAGAGAUAGAUCAAUGGGCAGGAGGGAUGGAGCAGCCCUCCCCAACCUCCUGCCCUCCCGUGGUUUGAGUCUUCAACUGCAGCAGCCCAAGCCAGCAUGUCUAAUGGUCAAGGCGUGAUGGAAGCUGCAAUCCAAAACAUCUGGAAGAAAAGGUUGAGAGGGCUGCUGGGGGGGAUCCUCGGCAGAAGCACCCCACAUUGCAGCUGCCUGUUGCAGGUCCCACUUGUCCCAGUGUAGAACCAAAUGGUUCCCUGCCCCAUUUCCUGUUCACUCAUUUGGGAACCUGUCCACUUAAAAACCCACAGCAAGCUGCUCUCAAGCUUGGUACCAAAGGGAGAAUGCAGCCUUGCCCAUAAGGGGGGCUGCUGCAGAAGAGUGGCUUGGCUGGCCCCUCUUAAACUGCAGUGCCCAAGUCAGUUUCUAGCUCUGCGGAACUGACACAGGUCUGACUGGAUACAAAUGUGUAAGCUUAAUCUAUAGAAUAAGUACCAAAUUCUGUUUGGGCUUAGGCAGUUUGCUUGCUUCUGCUCACGCGAAUCUUUGAAAGGGGUGCAGUGAGUCCUUAGGUUGUCGAGAGAGUUUUCAAGAGGGGUUCUUCCCAAUAGGAAGGGAAAUAGGAGAAAUGUCUCUCCAACCAUCCUGAUGAACUUUCCUCAGCAACGCACAACUGCAGGGGAGGAAUGGUUCUGCUUGAGUGUUUAUUAUUUCAAACUUUGGUCUUAACUUGGGACAUACUUGUGCAGAAGCUUGGCUGCCAAGGCAACUUUGGAGAUGGAGAAGAGGCAAGUGGAGGAAGCACUUCAUCCCAAGGCUCAAAGAUUUGGCAGGGACCACCUUAGGAGUCCCUGUAAAGAGGGCAGAACUCUGGAAGCAGCUGGGGGGUUGCCACCAGAAAGCUGUGCUUGGGAGAAGAGUGGAGAAUCCCUCCUCUAGCUGCUGCUCUGCCCCAAAUUACCUGCUCCCAGAGCUGCUGCUGCUUCUCAGAAGGGCUCAUCAAGCCUUUGAUAAUGCACAAAUUUGUUCUACCCUGAGGCAGGAGGCUGCCUCCAAGAAGCUACUGGCAGAAAGUCAGGUCUCAUGAGAAGCGCAAGGGAAGGAGUGGCGGUAUGUUUGUACCCCUGCUAACCUCUCAGUCAGCUUUCUGAAAUAAUGAUAACAGAGGCAGUUUAUGCUCAGUUUUGGAGUGCUGCUAUGCCGGCAGAAUAAAAUGGGGGGGGGAGGGGGAGGUUGCAGGGGUUCUAAUUCAAACAAAAACUGAGUCAGUACCAAUAAGAGGAUUGCAGCUUUAUAGACAAGUAUUUACUUGAAGGCACGCCUAGAAAAGACUUGGGAGAAAAGAAAGGACACACUUUGCCUAGAAUGACAUUACUCUGCUAGUGGAAAUCCAGAGUUAGCAACAGAGAACGAAGGGGCAUCCCUCACAUGGCCUCACACUCUUCUCACCCUGCUACAGGUGCACAUUUUUCUACCUGCACCUACUGAAAAUUGGCAGGGGAUCAAUCAAGAUUUAGCCAUACUUAGAGUUAAGGCUAUACGGAUUUUGUUUAACCUGUUCCACCUGUAUUCUGUGAAUGAUUAGGCAUUCUUUAUUUCGUUUAUUCAUUGACAGAUCCAUUUCCCCCCCUUCAGAAAACUUCUCCACAAUUUAUGACAUUUCUGCUGGCACACAAUCAAUUUUUCUUAGCUCAGGAUACAGUCAAUGAGCAAAGGGCACACAAAAAAGAUAGUUACACAGCAGAGGUUGAAAAAAUAUCAGAGAUGUAUAAAACAUUGUUUAUUUUUAACGCCAUAUAGAUUGGGUUAUUUCCCAGCAACCUUUAUAUUUUUGUACAAUUUGUGUAUAAUUCUAGAAAGUAAAAAAGCCAUCCACAAGUCCAUGAAAUCUGCACAACUGGGAAGAUGCUGCUCCAUUGCAGAAUCCACAGGUCAGAUGCAUAAAGAUCUGAUUUCAAUUGAAUCUGUUGCAGAUUUCUCUGACCUGCUUACUUAAGAGUAUACCCAUUGAAAUCCAGGCCUUAACAGCAGUUCCACCGUUUUCAAUUCGUUCACUCGAGGGUGGGCAACAUCGUACAGCAGGAGCCAAUGCACCCGGACACCUCCACGUGCUUCAGUUGUUCUACACUCUCAGUUCUCUGUUUUCAUACCAGCAACUAGGAGUCCUGUAGAAUAGGGCUAACUGAAACAGUGGGCUCCAAGGACUCACACCCACCUUCCCUUGUGCUCAGCAUCUUCAGCAGGUUAUUUGUGCUUUGUGACUAACCAAAGCCCCUAUGACAGCCAUUUGGUGCCAAGACCAAUUUCUCAGCUUGCUCACUGUACCCAUGGCCCGAAAGGUUUACCCCAAGUAUGACUACUUCAGGAUCUGUUAAAAAGCCAACAGUAGUAAAACUUCAGAAAGUUAUAAGUGAAAGAGGGUGCUCUCUGGGUCCCCUGCAAAACCCCAUGUAAGAGGAAGGGUGAGUGCUCAUUAACAGCCUUGUCUGGAAGAGCCGACUGUGCUUCAAAACCCGAAAGCAAGCAGCUUUGGCGAUCUGGAGAUCUAGUUUGCCUAGAUGGCAUUGCGUCUGAUGGAUCUUCUUUCACGCCUGUCAGAAAAAAAGCCCUCUUCCAGGCAACUGCAAAAACUGCACUUCCUCCAGAAGCAUGUAUUUGUUUGAUCUAUGCCAGCUGGGAAUGUGGGGGCUGGCAUACACUGUUGGCUCCACAACGUUGAAAUCUGGGGGUUCUGAUGAUCAGGGCAGCCCUUUUGCCAAAGGCGAGAGCAGUUUUUGAAUGUGCAUGUGGAGGUAACAUGGUCAUGUUUAAUUGCCCCCGUUUGCUUAUCUGAAGCCCCAUCCCAGCUUCUCCCUUUGUCCACAGCCUGCUAUGCCCCGCUCUCUGCUAGGUCCUAUUUUCCUAGGAAGGUGUGUGAAUCCAGUCUUCAGCUGAAGGGUGUGCCAGAGACAGCAUGGCGAGAUGUAUGAGGCUUGGUCCGUUGAGCCCAGCACAGCCAACCUGGCUGGAAGCAGCUCUCCAACUGAGAGCCUUUUAACCGCCAAAGUUGAGGCCCUGCAGGGGGUGAGUUCACAUGGUUCAGCCACCCCCUUUGCUCAUCCCCAGAUUUAAAACCAAACAUCUUAUACUCAAUACAACUCUAUUGUGUGCAGGUUUUGUUAAGCAUGUUCACACACUGUUUUGUAGAUUGUCAGAUACCUUUCAUUAUAUCAUCAAUUUAUUGCUGGAAUUGGCUUUUUUAUUUUUUAGGAUUGUAUAAUAAUAAUUUAAUUCCAUUUGUAUAAACACGCAUUGGCGCUACUGUA